AUGAAGAUGUUAGUCUUCUGUGUGGUGGUCUCCGCUCUUCUGGCACUGAGCUCUUCUGUCCCCCUCCAUAUGAGGAAGAAGCCCCCCCACAAGCUCCUGCUCAUCUCUUUUGAUGGCUUCCGCUGGGAUUAUGAUCAAGAUGUUGAUACUCCCAAUAUGGAUAUCAUGAACAAUGACGGAGUAAAAGCCAAAUACAUGACACCAGCAUUUAUCACCAUCACAAGUCCUUGCCAUUUCACCUUGCUAACUGGAAAAUACAUUGAGAAUCAUGGAGUUAUCCACAACAUGUACUUCAAUACCACCAGCGGAGAAAAACAACCUUAUCUUCCAACACUGGGCAUAUCUAAAUGGUGGGACAAUGGCAGCCUUCCUCUCUGGAUCACAGCGCAGAGACAGGGACUAAAAGCUGGAUCGUUCUUUUUUCCGGGGGGUAAUGUCACAUACAAUGGUGAAACGGUGUACAAGAGCAAAAUGGAAAGCCGAGGUCACAAGUAUGACAAUGAAACAGAGUGGGAAGAAAAUGUUGAAACAGUGAUGAGAUGGUUCACUGAAGAAGAUCUGGACUUUGUGGCUCUGUAUUUUGGAGAACCAGAUGUCACAGGACACAAGCAUGGGCCAGAUACUCAGGAGCGUAAAGACAUAGUUAGUCAAGUGGAUCGCAUGGUUGGUCACAUACGGCGCCGAGUACAAUACUAUGACUUGGAGUCUAGGCUCAAUAUUAUUAUCAUAGCAGAUCAUGGCAUGAGUACAGUACUUAAAGGUCCUGAAGAGAUUGUGCUGAAAAAUUUCCCAAACUUCUCCAUUACUGAUCUCCAGUUUCAUUUACUGGAUUAUGGGCCUACUGGACUUUUAGUACCUAAAGAAGGGAAAUUGGAAAAUGUUUAUCAAGCCUUGAAAGGUGCCCAUCCUAAACUUCACGUCUAUAAGAAAGAAGAUGUUCCACCUAGGUUGCAUUAUUCCAAUAAUAUGAGAAUCACCCCUUUAGUCCUAUAUAGUGACCCAGGGUACGUUAUCCAUUCGAUUUUUAAGUUCCAGUUUAAUAAUGGUGAACAUGGAUUUGAUAAUGAGGCCAUGGACAUGAAAACCAUAUUCCGAGCUGUUGGCCCAUCUUUCAAAAAGGGUCUUGUAGUGGAGCCAUUUGAGAGUGUCCAUGUGUAUGCCCUAAUGUGUGAACUGUUGGGGAUAACACCAGAACCUCAUGAUGGAUCACUGGAGGUUACACAGAACAUGCUGCUGACAGAGGCUAAGAAGGAAGGUCUCCCAGAUGAAAUUUUACAUGCAACUAUUGGGCUAUCUGUCGCAGCUGGAGUGCUCGUAAUUAUUUUCAUCAUUACUACAAUAAGCGUGUGUGUAAAGAGGCAAAAAAAAGACAAGAGAGCCUUGAAAUCUCUUAGCACCAAGACCCUGGAUGAGAAUUUGUAAAAUCAAACCGAGGAUUCCUAUGGACUUUAACAGUUCCACUUGAACAAAAGGAAACACUAUCACAAACUGUUAAACUAAACAAUUAGAGGGACCAUUUGUAAAAUUACAAACGGAUUAAAAAUCCAAACAAUUUUAGUAAUAUCAUUACAGGAUUAUAUGAGCCUUAAUAUGAAAGCCUACUGAAUUGUGCUGUUCCAGUAAAAAGAUAAGAUAAGGAGGAUAACGUAUAAGCAAUUAUAAUGUAAUAGAUAAUAGAUAUAUGUAGAUAGUAAACACUACACAGUUGCCUACAGUAGCAAAUUAUCGUAACAUUUCCUGGACUCCUAGGGCGUAGCUGUCGGGAUCCCAAAGGAUGGUAUGCCUGCUGUCAAAAUACAGACAGUGGCAUCCUGAUGAUAAAAAUACAGACAUAGGUUAAUUUAGAGAGCUAACCCUGAUCCCUAAUCCCUCCUAACCCACCUUUCCCGCAGCCUAACCCUAAUCCUCCCUGGUGGUGCCUAACCCUAACCCUACCUUCCCGCAGCUUAAACCUAACCCUCCCUCCCCCGCAGCCUAAUCCUAACCCUCCCUGGGGCUGCCUAACCCUCCCUCGCCACAGCCUAACCCUCCAUCCCUGCAGCCUAAUCCUAACCCUUCCCCUCACAGCCUAACCCUAACACUCUCCCCACAGCCUAAACCUAACCUUCCCCGUGAAAGCAUCGUUUGGGAUGCCGGUGGCUGGGAUCUUGGUGCCGGAUUAGUGAUGAAUGUCGGAAUCCCGAUGCCGGCAUUCCAAGUGGUGUUGGGAUUCCAGCGUCGGUAUUUCAACUGCCAGUAUCCUGAACAUCGGUAUCCUGACUACAACCCUCCUGCGAGAGCAGGAAAUUCACCCUAAUAGGGAUCACCAGUUUCAGAAUAAAACAUUAUGUUCUAUGGGGCUGAUUGUAUUUGAUUUAUAAUUAUAAAUGUCUGUACAGGUUGAGUAUCCCAUAUCCAUAUAUUCCGAAAUACGGAAUAUUCCGAAAUACGGACUUUUGGAGUGAGAGUGAAACCUUUGUUUUUUGAUGUCUCAAUGUACACAAACUUUGUUUAAUACACAAAGUUAUUAAAAAUAUUGUAUUAAAUGA